UACAUUGAAUUGUGGUUGACCUGAUUGAAUGGGAAUGUGUGUAAUUGAAUUUAAAUAUAUACGAAUAAUUGAAUUUAUUUGAUUCUAUGCUUUUGGGCAUAAAUCGGAUCAGUUUGCUUUGCAAAGUGCAUUGAGAUGACAUUUGCUGUGUGAAGGUGAUAUGAACAAAAUAAAACUACAAAAGGAAAUAAAGAUUUUUGUAUGUUGUUUUAUUUUCAAAAAUCUGAAAAGCAAGCUUUAAUAAAACAAAAAUAAGCCCUAAAUCUCUCCUCUCCUCUCCUCUCCGCUCACCGACGCGCUCUGCCAAUGGGAGCGCGCACAGACGCACUGAGCGAGCGGGCAGGAGAGACACACGUCCAACAUCCUCUGCGCGCCGUACACCUGAUCUGUUUUCUGGAGCGCUCCUGAACACCUGCCGUGGAGAGGAGAACAAAAAAAAGCUCAACUUGUCAGCGCGUUUAAACUCUCAUCCAAAUUGUGAUGGAGUUCCCUACCGUUCCUUCAGAGGACUUUCAGGAGGUCUACUCUGGGUCUGCAACUCCUUAUUUAAAUGCCACAUUCUUAGAGGAUCUGCUGACUGAACCGUCUAAAAGCAACGAAACCAGCGGGGUCGCAGCCAGAGACACCUCAGGUCUCAUCAUCGCAGUCUGCAUCACGGCUCUCUAUUCUCUCGUCUGCGUGGUGGGACUGCUGGGAAAUGUGCUUGUUAUGUACGGAGUGAUCCGGUACACCAAGAUGAAGACUGCCACCAACAUUUACAUCUUCAACCUGGCUCUGGCCGACGCUCUGGCCACCAGCACCCUCCCCUUCCAAAGUGCCAAGUACCUGAUGAGCACGUGGCCCUUCGGGGAGCUGCUGUGCAAGGCGGUCAUUGCUAUCGACUACUACAACAUGUUCACCAGCAUCUUCACCCUCACUAUGAUGAGCGUGGACCGCUACAUCGCUGUUUGCCAUCCUGUGAAAGCCUUGGACUUCCGGACGCCUGCUAAAGCCAAGCUCAUCAACGUCUGCAUCUGGAUCCUGUCCUCGGCCGUCGGAGUGCCAGUGAUGAUCAUGGCGGUUACCAAGGUGACGGAUAAAGGAAACACCGCCUGCACGCUCAGAUUUCCCAAGCCGGAGUGGUACUGGGACACUGUGAUGAAAAUCUGCGUGUUUAUCUUCGCCUUUGUGGUGCCAGUCCUCGUCAUCACCAUCUGCUACGGCCUGAUGAUCCUGCGGCUGAAGAACGUCCGGCUGCUGUCCGGCUCCAAGGAGAAGGACAGGAACUUGCGGCGGAUCACGCGCAUGGUUCUGGUGGUCGUGGCGGCUUUCAUCAUCUGCUGGACCCCCAUCCACAUCUUCAUCAUCGUCAAGACCAUGGUGGAGAUCAACCACAAGAACCUCCUGGUGGUAGCCAGCUGGCAUCUGUGCAUCGCCUUGGGCUACGCCAACAGCAGCCUGAACCCCAUGCUGUACGCCUUUCUGGAUGAAAACUUCAAGCGGUGCUUCAAUGACUUCUGUCUGCCGUACCGCUCCCGCUCGGAGCAGAGCAGCUUCUCCAGAGCGCGCAACAGCGCUAGGGAGCCCGUGUCUGUUUGCGUGCCUGCAGGGGUGCAAAGAGCGCCUGGCUGACAGAGCACGGAUCAGUCAGAGGGAGAAACGGGUCAGGAUGGACUGCAGACUGAUGACACACAGUUCUCCACCACAGGAGUCUGAGGUCUUGACCUUUGAAUGAACCAUGGAUGGGGUCCAUGUUGUGACCCCUUAUUUAAAAUAUUAUUAAAGCAUUUUAUUUAAAAUAUACGAGUGCCUGCCGAUAAGAAAUCUAGAUAUGUUCCCCUGCGCUUUGCAUAAAAAACAUAUUUAAUUCACACAAGAUCAUAUUUCUAGAUUUAAAAAAACAAUAAGUAAUUGGCCCUGCUUUAUUUGACUAAAAUAAUCAUUUUCAGCUUUAAUAGUUGGGAGCUCCACAUUUUACAGAGAAGAUUCAGGUGUGAGUUGUUUUAAAGAGUAUUUUUAAGGUCAGUUUGAGGCCAGUGAUGGUGUAUGGUCAGACGAAUCAGUGUAAUCGUCACUCUCCCACAGAUUACAUGCUGUAAUUGAUGAAGCUCAUCUGCCUUUGAUAACAGUCUGGAUAACACCUUCCUGUUAGAACAGCAGAGAAGAUUUUGUUGAAGAUACUAAUGAUCGUGGCUAAAAAACGUACAGUUUUGAAGUUAAAUGUCAUACAUGAUCCAAUAAAGGAUGUCUAAAAAUUACAUUAUAAUCCUAAAAAUUGUAGCAGCUUGUAAAAAAGAUGAAGGACUUCAAAGUCAUCAAUUUGACAGCAUCAGCGCCACAUACGCUCUUUUUAUUAACUCAAAAACAUCCUGAAUUUAGUAGUUGGCAUAAGAAAAUGUUUUGUCAAAAGCUGCAAAGUAGUAGUAGUAAAAGCAGCAGAUUGUUGAAACUAUGAACUGUUAUAAUCGCAGUUUGUAUUUAUUAGGUUCUCCAUUCAAAGCAAAAAAAUUUUUAUGAAAAAAGUUUGAAUAAAAAAACAGAAAAGAAACUAGAACAUUUCUUUCAGGUUUUCUACUAAAUUUUCCUACUAAAAUGUAAAACAUUGGAUAUUUAUUUAUUAUUUAUUUAUUCAUUUCUUUCUUUGUUUUUAUUUAUAUUUCAAUGGUUUAGUUUUACCUAACACUUUUAUACAGUCCAGGGAUGCAGCAAUAUUAAAAUUUGGGUCGAUGUUGAUAUCCAAUAUUAAUACUGUUGUAUUUUCCAAUAUUAUUUAUAUUGUAUAUAUUUCUCUGCACUUUAGAUACUGUAAAAACAACCAGUCAUUUAUUUUGGCCCAGUUUUUCUUAUAAUAGCGAUAAGUUAAAAAAUGACUAACUUUGGCUGAUACCGAUGCAGGUGCUGAUUUAUUGUGCAUUCUUAACGCAAACCCAGGCUACGUUAGGGCGACAAACACUGAAAAGGUUCUGAGCUCCCGACCAGUAGCUGUAUUGUCACGACACAUCUUUGAUUUCAUGCUAUUCUACAAGUGAAUGUUGAUAUGAGAUAUUUUUUUUGCAUUACUGGAUGUAUUUAACUCUAUCACACAGAAGCACUGCCUUCAUGAAUGAGUAGCAAUCACCUUUCAUCUCUGCUCAGCUGAAUAUAAUGUAGUAUAAAGAUGAGCGACUUGCAUUUUUUAAGGUGUACUGGGGCGGAGGGUAGUUUAGUGCCAAUGAUGACGAGAGAAGACAUACUUGAGUGGCUGCCACAUUUAACAUUGCACGCUGUAUGAAAUGUACUGUAGAGAUAGGGAUUUCUAUUGGCCAAUAUUUAAAGUGUUAUUAUUCAUUUUGUGGUUUUGUUUGAUUAUGUUUCUGCACAAAUGAGCUAGAGUUGGGUGAACAAAGAGUUGUGUAAUUACUAACACUGUAAAUAUUGAUUCUGUAGUUAAAAAUAUAUAUAUUCUGUUGCACUUUGACUUUUUUCUUUUUUUUGCCCAGAAUUGAUAGGAGAGCAUUUAAACUUAGCACAAAAAGCAACACUUUUCUUGGUUGGUUGACUACGUAUUUCUCUGUUGCAACACUUCUUGGAAAUAGAUCUUGUACUGUCAUACUUAUACUAUUUAUUUUCUUUUAAAAGUCACUACAUUUGUGAGGAAAAUGUAUUUGUGGGUUGCGCAGCAGAGGUUGGUAAUUUUGGUAGGAAGAACAAAAGCUGGUCAGGUGUCAGAGGUCAGGUGUGGAGGUACGCCUUUCUAGUCCCAAAAUCUGAAGGUAGUUUCUGAUCAACAACCUUCUGUAUGACCAAGAAUCUUUGAGUCUGUGGAACCAUUUAAGGUGAAAGAAAUGUGUGCUGUUGUCUUUUAACAACAUAAGAUCUAUUGCCAAAAGGCAUUGUUCUAACAAACGCAAAAAAAAAAAAGUUAGUUGUUGUUCUAAAUGUAUACAUUUAGCACAGUCAUUCAAUGGACCUUCAUCAGUAAGAACGGUGAAGAUGUUACUACUUUUUUUCCCUGAUUUAUUUUGUUUCUAAAAUGACAAAUUCUUCUAAAGAAGAAAACUAUUUUUAGUUUUUAAAAAUUCUGCAGAUGUUCACACACAUGCUAGAUUAUACAAAUGUUAUAUUUACUGCUUUUAUCGUUGCUGAGAAAACUGCUGUAGUUUCUUUCUGGUGUGUUUUAUUUUGAAGUACUGAUUGACAGUAGCUAAAUUCUGCACUUCCUUUUCCGUGACAUUUAUGUCUUGUAUGCUGUUAACAGAAGUGUGAGAUGUGUGAGCUUCUUGUGUAAUUGGUAGAAUAAGUUGUUGAUCAUUAUUUGAGUUAGUAUACAGCCGACUUGUGGCACCUGGUCACAGUUGAAGCUAAUAUUUAAAGUCUGUGCAAAUGUAAGUGAAUAAAUAAAACAUGACUGCAUAA